AAACACCACCUCGACUCUUUUUUUCUUCUGUCUUGGACAUAAAGCUUGAUUCAAUUCCAUUCCUUAUUGUUAUAUACACAUCUCUGAUUCAACUCCACCGAAUUCAGAAGAUCGAAGAAGAUGAGUAGAGGAAGCGGCGCUGGUUAUGAUCGUCACAUCACUAUCUUCUCACCGGAAGGUCGUCUCUUUCAAGUUGAAUAUGCCUUCAAGGCCGUGAAAACAGCUGGUAUUACUUCAAUCGGAGUUCGUGGGAAAGAUUCGGUUUGCGUCGUUACCCAGAAGAAAGUUCCUGACAAGCUUUUGGAUCAGUCUAGUGUUACACAUCUGUUCCCUAUCACCAAGUACAUUGGAUUGGUAGCUACUGGCAUUACAGCUGAUGCAAGGUCUUUGGUUCAACAAGCAAGGAAUCAAGCAGCUGAAUUUCGGUUCACUUAUGGAUAUGAGAUGCCUGUUGACAUUCUUGCUAAAUGGAUAGCGGACAAGUCACAGGUCUACACUCAACAUGCUUACAUGAGACCCCUUGGAGUUGUCGCUAUGGUAAUGGGUGUUGAUGAAGAGAAUGGUCCCUUACUUUACAAAUGUGACCCAGCUGGACAUUUUUACGGUCACAAGGCAACUAGUGCUGGUAUGAAGGAACAAGAAGCAGUCAAUUUCUUGGAGAAGAAAAUGAAAGAAAACCCAUCUUUCACAUUUGAUGAAACCGUGCAGACUGCCAUAUCGGCUUUGCAAUCUGUUCUUCAAGAAGACUUCAAGGCUACUGAGAUUGAGGUAGGUGUGGUGAGAGCAGAGAACCCGGAAUUCCGUGCAUUGACAACGGAGGAGAUUGAGGAGCAUUUGACAGCCAUUAGUGAACGAGACUGAUCAACUUAGUGAAACAAGUGUGAGUUACGUUGCUUCGCUUCUAUCAGACAUUCCUCUAAAGUGACCACUCUCCAUCGAUCUUUUGUUUGGUCUUCCUUCCAUAAUUUAAUUUACUUAGUCAACCCAGCAAACUUGAAAAACAAAAAUGCACUGUAAUGCUUAAGGCUGUGAGAGUUUCCGAGUCUUUUGACUCUUCAGAAAUGACACCAACUUUACUCAUAUCAUCACUUUCUAGCUUUUUAUUUCUAUCGUUGCAGUUGCUGUGUCUUCGUCUUCACCAGUUCUUAAACUCGAAUUCGUUUUAAGGUUUCAGUUGUUAGAAAGUGAGGGAUCAUUCUUAC